AGAUUCCAGUAAGGAUCAAGUAAAUUCUACUACUGUCUGAGUAAAAUCAUUCAAUUUGUGAAUAAGUACGUUUGUGUCGCUUAUUUAUACUUAUAAAUGGCGAGAUUUGAACUGUGACCGAGUGCGUGUUAGAUACGCGUACAGCCGCAGUGGUAGCAUCGAUGGCAGUGGCAAGAACAAGUUGAAGUUGAAGAACAUUGUGAUUGUUUUGAUUUGUUGUCAUUGACUGACUCGUGACUGUGUUGAAAAUGUCACCAUAAAUAUUAUAGUGGCAUCUCCCAUCUGAUAAAAUAUCGGUAAAUAAUAGUAAAGAAACAUGUUCCGUGAACGACGCAUAUAAAUAUUACUUUAAUCCCUUUAUAUGACAUAACAGACAGUUAAUUUCCAUAUUACGACAAACGAGAUAUGAUUAGAAACGGCAAAAACGACGCAAAGAGAAAGCAAAAUAACAAUCACAAUGGGCACGAUGGCAGCCGACAGCAGCAACAACGCGAACGCGGUGCAAGUACGCGUAGCGGCAGCAACGCUAAGUCGAACGUAGUUCCUGAGCGGGAAAUCUCUAAACCACGUGCACAGCCAAACGGAGAACAGAGUACCGUGAGAUCUACCGCUUCUAACACCGCUCACACUCGGAAAACACCCGACGCGUCGCACGGAGUAGAGAAACGAGGGCAAUCAUCUGAAGAAGGAUGUGGUCCAUCGGUUGCUGCACAGCGUAGCCAGCCACAGCUACAGCCACCGACUACAGGUGCUUGGGCGGUACCGUACACAUCUGUAGUGAAUGCUGUCAGAGACACGACCGUGCCUGACAACCACCUCGAAGCGGUAGUGAUGUCACACCCUUCCCAGAUGUCGAACAGUAGUCAGCAGAACAUUAAGGAGGUGCGGAAGAUUGUAGAGGAGGAAGGUCGAUCAGCGAGGAACCUCAUAACGUGGAAUGUUCCCAUCGAGGAGGUGACGAAUGAAGCGCGCGUCGAGGGACUCGAUCCAAUUGGCAAGAGAGCUGUGACGAUGUUUUGUGUUUAG